UGCCGGCUACAGAGGCUGCAGCGCAGUGGGCGGCAGGCGCGAUGUAUCUCCGCAGGGCCGUCUCCAAGACCCUGGCGCUGCCGCUGAGGACGCCCUGCAGCCCCGCGCCGCUCCGGAAGGACGCGUCUCUCAGGUGGGUGUCGUCUAACAGAUUCCCUGGGUCGCCUGGUUCCAACACGAUCUACUAUCUGGUUGUUGGUGUCACAGGCAGUGCUGGUGGAUACUACACUUAUAGGACAGUAACAUCAGAGCAAGCCAAACACACUGAACAUACAACGAAUUUGAAAGAAAAAACCAAAGAAGAGUUACAGCCAUUUCAAGAUGACAGAACUGAGGUUGAGAAUGGAUUAAUGACUCCUCAGUCAUCGACUAGUGAAAGAGAGAACCUUUCGGGAGCGGCGAAAGCAAGUUCAGAACCCCCUGAAGUACCUUCAGUGGAAGCUCAGGCGGUGGCUGCUGGAGAAUUCCUCGAUGCCACUGUUGCAGUCCUAACAGAGGCUUCAGCGGGUCCCCACCCUGCGGAGGCUGCCCGGGUGGACACCACGGCAGUCGGUGCUGAAACUGGGCCAGAGGUUCCAAAUGCAGCCACCGGUGAAACCGCAGAAGUCAGCACCGAAACGACCUCAGAGGUUACCAGUGCAGCUCUGGGUGAAGCUGAUGCCAUUAAAAAUGAUAACGGUACAACUGAGAACGAAAGCAAUGGUGAAUUUGCUGAACUAGAAAAAGGAAAUUCUCCAAUUGAGUCAGAAUCCUCGACCGAGGAUGAUUUACAGGAAGAAGCCAGUGUAGGUUCUGAGGCCACCUCUGCUCAAGGCUAAUUUCAUGCUGACUGACACUUCAGCAAAAAAUGCAAUAGAGUCUGAUAGGUGCUUUUGUAGGUUUAGUAA